GGGAUGACAACAACACAACGCAUUAUAAGAUGCCGACAUUCCAAAUUGAGAAGUUCGAUGACUACACGCAUCAAGACCCGGUCCUCUGGUGGGAAGGCUUUACAACGCAACUUCGGAUUCUGUUUCGUCGCCAAGCACGGGUACAUCGGCGCCCUGUUUCUCAACUCAAAGGGCGGAUGCCAGAUCUGGUUAAGCCACCUGACAUCCAUCCACGGCGUCAAUGUCGCAGAUCUGAAAGACAAGAUCUCAUGGGAAGAGUUAACACGGCUAUGGAAGAAGCGGUUCAUCGUGGACGACGCAUCUGCACUCGCCAUCAACCGUCUCUUCGGCAUGACGCAAGGCAACACAGCAACACGUGACUGGCUCACGGAAUGGCAGAAGAUCGCGGCAACGCCCGGUCUCGACUUGCCAUUUUCGCAUCUGCGUCGCGAGUUCUACAACAGGUCAUGUGCUGCAUUGAGCCUUGCACUUGGUGAUCGCGAGCAAUAUGCAACCUUCGCUGAAAUCAUUGACAAGGCGAGGGAGAUCAUCAAGACCAACAGGGCGGCUGCACACGAGAAGUCAACGUGGCAGCCAACCUAUGUGGAGAAGGUAAAAACUGGUCCUCGACCGCAGCAGUUCGCUGCAGUCCAAUCGGACAACAUUGUGGAAGACCCGACAGCCACCCAAGCGUCACGUGAGGGAGAUCAGGUGGCUGCUGUCCAGCCGCGAAGCAACAACAAGUCCCGAGGGAACGGGAAGGCGAAAACCGCAUCGCCGGCCAGAAACGGACAGCCAGCACCAUGGGUCAAGUUUCACUUGACCGAGGCCGAGUACAAGUACCGCGGCCGUUACGGCUGCUGCUAUUGGUGCAAUAGCACCAAGCACAAGACCUCCCUCUGCCAGGAUCAGGGCAAGGAGGAUGUUCGGCCUCAUUCGUCCGCCUUGCUAGCGGCCUCCUACACAUCUGGGAAGGAUGCGAAUGUCGUAAGUUCUCGGUAUGCUUACGAGGACUAUGCUGUCCACUUGGUCCCACCGUUGGACCAACAGCUCCACGUGCAACAAUCUACCGCAUGCACGGUUUCAUCACCAUCGGCAACCGAUUCAGCAGCUUCGCCGCCAUCUACCGCCGGGGAUUCAACGCUAUGGUCAAGACUUGAAGAGCUCGACCCGUUGACAUUUGCGGACUACCAAUGGAUGCCCCUUCCCCGGUCCGGUCGAUUGUCGAAACCGCAUUGCAACGUGCUCAUGGCACAAUUGCGGGAUUACUUGCACACUGCAGUACCAACUCCGUUGAUGGACGCCGGAGUAGAGGUUGUCGACCUUCACGCCUACAUUGCGAAGAUCGACCGCGAGUUCAAGACGCAAUGGUACGACGACAUCGACGCACCAUUGUUAUAUAUACGCAUUCAGAUCGGAGAGGCGACCUGCAGCGCUUUGAUCGAUUGCGGAGCAUCUCGCAACUACAUGAGCCAGGACUUUAUGGUAUGCGCUGGCCUUGGCCCACGCGUCCGGAGAAAGUCCCAGCCUACGCAAGUCAUGUUGGCAGAUGGUCACACGCACAAGUCGAUGGACCGGUGCAUCGAUGAUGUCCCGGUGUACUUUGCCCCGCACGCAAGCGAGGUGGUGUCCUUCGAUAUCUUGGACACCAAAUUCGACAUGAUCUUGGGCAUGUCAUGGCUGCGAAGCGAGGAUAACCCGGUGAACUUCUACCGCCGCACCGUUCACGUUCGUGAUCGGAACGGAGUACUAGUCCCAUGCACGGUAGCUCCUCCUCACCCUUCGAUCAGCUGCCAUGUGGUGUCCGCCGCAAGCAUGCGAGCUUCCAUCAUCAGAGACGACAUCGAGGAGAUGGGGGUGUGUUUUCUCCACGCCCUCCCGCCCCAUGAUGCUUCAUCGACGGACUCAUCUUCGGACCCACGCAUCACCGAGCUUCUCGACGCCUACAGCGACGUGUUCGAAGGCCCACACGGAGUAGUACCGGAUCGGCCCAUCCGCCACGAGAUCAUCCUCGAGGACGGGGCCGUACCUCCGCGCGGUUGCAUCUACCGAAUGAGCGAGGAAGAGUUAAGUGUGCUACGGGCACAACUCGACGACCAACUGGAGAAAGGCUGGAUUCGGCCUAGCUCAUCGCCAUACGGUGCUUCUGUUCUCUUCGUCCGGAAGAAGAACAAGGAUUUGCGGUUGUGCAUCGAUUAUCGCAAGCUCAACGCGCAAACGAUCAGAAACGCCGGCCCUCUCCUACGCAUCGACGACCUUCUCGAACGAUUGGGCGGCGCCAAGUUCUUCUCCAAGCUGGACCUCAAGUCGGGAUAUCACGAACUCGACAUUCGGAAGGCGGACCGCUACAAGACCGCGUUUAAGACGCGAUAUGGGCAUUUCGAAUGGCUGGUUAUGCCAUUUGGCCUUACGAAUGCCCCGACCACUUUCCAAGCGGCUAUGACAACGGAGUUCCGACACAUGCUGGAUCGAUUCGUACUUAUCUACCUCGACGACAUCCUGGUGUACAGCCGGAGUUUGGACGAGCAUCUGGAACACCUGCGCACCGUUUUGGAGCGGCUACGACAAGCCAAGUACAAAGCCAACCGCGACAAAUGCGAAUUCGCGCAGCAGGAGCUGGAGUACUUGGGACAUUAUGUGACGCCGCAAGGCAACCGUCCGCUUGUGGACAAGAUUGAGGCCCUCCGCGUGCCCCGGUCAUUCCAAGCACUUAAGACGGCCAUGCUCAUGGCACCCGUCCUUAGCAUCUAUGACCCCACCUUGCCUACGAGAGUGACAACUGACGCUUCCGGCUAUGGCAUUGGGGCAGUCUUGGAACAACACAACGGCGACGAAUGGCACCCUGUGGAGUAUUUCAGCCACAAAGUGCCUCCCAUCAACUCGCUUGAUGAUGCAAGGAAAAAAGAGCUGCUCGCGUUCGUGAUGGCUCUCAAGCGAUGGCGGCACUUCCUCCUUGGGCGUCGUAGGUUCACAUGGGUCACGGACAACAACCCAUUGACCUACUACAAAACGCAGGAUACGGUGAGCAGCACGAUCGGACGAUGGAUGUACUUCAUCGACCAAUUUGACUUCACACCGAAACAUCUCCCCGGCCUCUCCAAUCGCGCAGUAGAUGCACUCUCGCGAAGACCUGAUCUUUGCGCCAUGACACAUCAUGCCUUCGCAUUCGACGAGGAACUCCAGCGACACUUCAUCCGGGGCUAUGAGUCUGAUCCGGACUUCGCCACGUUGUAUGCGCAGCUAUCUUCGGAUCACCCGCUGGCCAGGCACUAUCGCAUUGCCGACGGGUACUUGCUCCUCUACUCGAGAGGCAAGGACUUACUAUGUGUCCCACGAGACCGUCGUCUUCGGACUCACCUUCUCGGCGAGUAUCACGACUCUCGACUCACCGUCCAUUUCGGAGUCAACCGCACCAUUGCACGGCUUCGACAACGAUUCCGAUGGCCCGACCACAUUACCAAUGUCACUCGGUAUUGCGACUCUUGCGAAGUUUGCCGACGAAGCAAGCCCCGCAAUCGCAACCCCUACGGCAAGUUGCGCCCGAUGCCUAUCCCACGGGAACCCGGCCUCUCCAUUGCCAUGGAUGUCACCGGACCAUUUUCCCGCAAUCGCCUCGGGCACGGCGACAUCCUCACGGUUGUGGACCGUUUGAGUAAGUAUGCGCGUUUUCUCCCUUGCAAGUACUACUCCACGGCUUCCGAGCUGGCACGCCUCUUGCACAUCGGUUGGAUUUGUGGCCACGGUGUACCGGAAGACAUAGUCAGCGACUGCGACACUCGCUUCAUGUCGGCAUUUUGGACUGCUCUCAUGCAGGAGUCCGGCACGAAGAUGAAACCAAGUUCGGCUCAGCAUCCACAGACGGACGGGCAAACGGAGCGAGCACAUCAAACCGCUCAAAUGAUGCUUCGUACGCUCAUCCGUCCGGACCAGAAAGAUUGGGUUGACCGCCUCCCCGACAUCGAGUUCGCGUACAACACUUCGGUGCACCCGGCGAUCGGCGUGACUCCAUUCGAGUUGCACCACGGUGGACGAAAAGGCCAUAUCUUCGCCGACCUUCUCCCACGACCAGCCGACAUCUACGCCGCUUGCUCUCCCACUUCCGUUCGGAAGUACAGGGAAUUGCUGGCUCAAGCCCGCGCGAACAUGCAAAAGGCUCAAGUCCGCAUGCAGUAGCAGGCCAACAGGCGUCGCGUGCCGGUGAUC